AUGGAUUUAAGAAAACCAUCGUUCUUUGAAAGAUAUCAAUUACACAGAACAGUGAAUAAAUAUUAUUCAAAUUUUAAUAUAACAAUAGAAUAUCCACAAUUUACAAAGGAACAAUUAUCACAAGCUUUAAAAUCACUCAUACAAGCUCAUCCAAUAUUAAGUUGCAAUUUCUUUAAAACAGAUGAGAUUGAAGAUGAUUGUAGAAAUUACGUAUUAAGACCAUUUGAAGUGAAAUUUGACGAUGUUGUUAGCUAUACAAACUAUGAAAUCACACCUGAAUAUUUUCAAUAUUUAAAUUCGAUUUAUUUUAAUCUAGAUGAGAAGAAACCAUUGUGGAAAAUAUUGGUAAAUGGAAAUUAUGUAACUAUAGUAUGUAAUCAUACUUAUUUAGAUGGUAACAGUGGAGUCGGCUUCCAUAAUGAAUUAAUUGCAAAUUUGAAAAAUCAAGAUUGUCAAUUUGAAUCAAUUUUAACCAAUGGGAAUAUAACAUCAGUUCCUGUUCCAAUUGAUGACGUAUCAAAUUUAUAUAAACCUUCAUUAUUUUUUAAAAUUUAUGAGAUUGGUAAACAUUAUUUACUCCCCAAAGAAGAAUGUUUCAAAACGAUUCCUAUAUCAAUUGGACAAAAAGUCAAUUAUAGAAUAUUACAAUUUACAAAUCACGAGUUACAACACAUAUUAACAAGAUCAAAAUCUUUAAAAUUUACUUCAUAUUUCUUAUCGUGUGCCGUUAAAGUCUUCAGACAAUUCCACAAUGAUAAAUCAGUAAGUUUAGCUAUUCCCAUGAAUGGAAGAAGAUAUGAUAACGGUUUAGAUAUGUUUCAAAUCUGUACUGCUGCUUCAAAUAUUAUUGUAAAUCCAGAGAUAAACGAUGAUAAAGUUGGAGAAUAUAUAUCUACGAAAUUAGCUACUGAUUUAAACACUCGAAAUCCGUUUUAUGUUGUUGGAUUAUUGAGAUUAAUGAAUAUUGGAAAUUUAUUAAAGGAUAAGAUAGGCAGUUUUGAUAGAUCGACUAUGGAAGUAUCUAAUGUUGGUAAAUUGAAUGUUAUGAAUGGGUGGUUUAGUCAAGAUAAUGGAUUUCUGUCACAUUUACAAUUUAAUAUCAUGACUUCUAAUUCUGGAUUAUCUAUUGUUUUGGGGUCUCAUGAUGAAGUUGAAGAUAUUAUGAAGGAAUAUGUUGAUAUGUUAAAGGCUGAAUUACUUAAUUGA